AUGAGAGAGAGUAGCCAUAGACCUCUCAUAUUUGGAACCCCUUUCCUGUCUACUGUGGGUGCCAUAUUUGAUUUCCCCAAUCAAAGAAUCUCUUUCAACAAGGUGAACAAGGGUAUGUUCUUCCCUAUGUGUUCAACAAAGAACUCUUUUGUUGACAUGGUCCAAGAGGAGAAAGUUACUUUGAAGCCACCCCAAGAAGGAGAAACUGAAGAACAAUCAAGGAAGAUCCCAUUCCUAAGCCCAAGCAGCUUGCCAAACAAGCAAGGAGUAAGACUAAGGCCCCUACACCAAAACCGCCCAAGGGAUCAACCAAGAUUGAAGAUGAGGCCAAGCCAAGAAGAAGCUGUGGAUUCAAGGAGAAAGACUUGGAGGAUCAAGACUCUCUAUCUUCUCCUAAGUGCCAAGCCUUACAGUCAAGCUAAAGACUUAAAACAAGCGCUGCAUGGGAGGCAACCCAUGAGGAUAGAAGGAGAAAAAGGUGUGAAAACACAAUCCGCGCCAAACCAUUGGCCGCGGACGCGCAAAAGAGAAUUUUGGCCGAGCAAUUCCAACCGGGCCGACCGUCACGGUCGAGCCGGGAAGGAAUGGCUUGUGCUCGGCCGGAUUACUAUCGCGCGACAAAACGUUCGCGCGACGCACGAACAGGGAAAGGUAGGCCGCGAUCGGCCGAUUUUCGUAUCGGAACGGACCGACCGUGCCGGUCGAUCCGGGAAACAACGAUCGGCCUCGGCCGAAAUCUCUCGGCCAAACAAAAUUUGGCCGACCAAAUCGCUCGACCGCGACAAAAUCCAUCGGCCAUCGGCCCAAACUUUUCUCGGCCAAGGUAAGUCCCCUUUUCAUUAA